AUUGUGAGAGAUAUAUAUAUAUAUAUAUAUAUAGAGAGAGAGAGAGAGAGAGAGAGAGUAAUGGCGAGGAGGAAAUUGUUGAUGCUGUUUAAACCUUUCGAUGCAUACCCAGUUCUUGAAUCGGGAAGUCUUUCACGCAUCACCAAUCCUCAGGAAUUGCAGAUGUUACGUUACUUGGAAAGCAGGUGCAAGGUGCACAAGAAUGCCGUGAACUUUUGUCAGGAUAUCCUGCGGAGUAAGCCUGUCGAGUGGGAAGCAAUAUCGCGUAACAAUCUAUCACAACCUAUACGUGAUGUGGACCUGGUAGUUACUGUUGGAGGUGAUGGCACACUUCUUCAGGCUAGCCAUUUCAUGGAUGACUCAGUUCCUGUUCUAGGAGUUAAUUCUGACCCCACACAAGUUAAAGAGGUGGAAGAGUUCAACAAUGAGUUUGAUGCUACUAGAAGUACAGGCCACCUUUGCACAGCAACCAUCAACAACUUCGAACAAGUAUUAGACAACGUAAUCGAGGGUCGAAUGCUUCCCUCCAAACUGUCAAGGAUAUCGAUACUUGUAAAUUCACAGCUGCUGCCUACAUUUGCACUCAAUGAUAUUUUAAUUGCACAUCCAUGUCCAGCAGCAGUUUCUCGGUUCUCUUUCCGAAUUAAAAGGAAUGACCAGUCAUUUUCCCCUUUUGUGCACUGCCGGUCAAGUGGCUUCAGAGUUUCAACAGCUGCAGGAUCAACGGCUGCAAUGCUCUCAGCAGGUGGAUUUCCAAUGCCCCCCUUAUCUCGUGAACUUCAGUAUAUGGCGAGAGAGCCCAUUUCUCCUGGAGCAGCCGCAAGCUUAAUGCAUGGAUUUACAAAACCCAAUGAGUCAAUGGAUUUUACAUGGUUUUCUAAAGAGGGUGACUUGUAUAUUGAUGGUUCUCACGUUUGCUACUCUAUCAAAUAUGGGGAUACCAUUCAAAUAUCUUCCAAGGCCCCAGUUUUGAAGGUUUUCUUGUCCCAGAAUUUGUUAUCAAAGAAUGUUACUUAGAAGUUAGAAAGUUGAGGGCCCUAUAAUUGAAAACUUUGUUUAUGAAAGCACAGUAUAAGGUAGAAAUUUUGCGAUAUAAGGCGGUAGAAAAUCUUUCUAGAAGAGAACUAGAAACGCAGGUAGAGCACGUGGGUUGUAGAGAUUUACUGGAGCUUUGUCCUCGUGGGAGGACCUUAGAAUACCAAUCGACAAUAUGAAAAUUGAUAAAAAGAGAGUAUAUCAUUUGUUCUGUCUCUAAUUAAGGACCUUAAGUAAGAUCAUCUGUGUGAAACGUAUGCGUAGACCAUCUACUAAUUUUUCUAAACAAGAUCUUAGUAGAAUUGGGAAAGUGUGAAGUAUACGUGGGAUAAUGUCAAUGCUUGCAUGAAUUAUGAUGUUUGCAUUUAAAUCCCCUCCUUGAUCAGCAAGUGAAUCAGCUUUCAGACAAAA